CCUUCUGGAGUGAAUAACUUAAAUGUAUUAGCUAUAUGUAUGUGUAGUUACAAUACUAGUUUUGCUCAGGGCUUUGCUGAGGCAGACUUGGAAGUGAAGCAUCAAGGAACUGGGAAAUACACCUUUUAACCCACUGCAAUUCUAUUCAUGUGGUCAUAUAAGGUAUCUAACACUUGAGUGCCAUGGGAGAAGGUGAGAUAGGAAGGACAUUUUUCUACACUGAUCAAAUUGAGUGGGAAUGUACAGGGGCCAUUUGUAGAGCAAAUGCAUGUUACUAUCAUGUAACUGGAUUUUUGGAAAUGGAUCCUGCACAUUCACACUCUGAUCACCUUCCUUGCCUCCUCAGUAUCCUAAUUACAGUCUUGUACAUAAGCAGGUGGCUGAGAGACCUGAGCCAGCCAAAAUACCAUCCUCGCUUUUAUGCUUAAAGUUUCCUAGCAGUUGUUUGCUCUGAAGCCAAGCUCCUUAGUUAUAAAAAAAUAGGCUCCCACAGUUACCGGCUGUGUAGAAAUGCUGUCAGCAAAAUACUACAAAAGUGGUCCUGCAGUGUAAAGUCAAACUGUACUUUAAAAGAGUAACCAUUAAAUACACAAGGAACAGUUGGCUUUGCAUUGUAUUUCAGCACCGGAUGAUCACCAUGUGCUCCUGUAAAAUGAAAAACUUGUCUCUGGCCAUUUCACUCUGAACAUGAAUGAUGUUUCACAGCUUCACUCCAUAGAAAUGCAUAUGAAGUAAAGGAUAAAGCCAAUUACUAUUAUGUAAAACUGCAGUAAACUGUACUUUUUAAUCUGUUGUUUGCAGUUUGAUUUUAACAGGAAGUUAAGAGUCUAAAGUUUUCUACAUUGCCCAUAGGAACACUCAUGAAGUAUGAGAUGAGACCUUCCAGUUUUUGUAGUAUCCUGUUUCUAGCUUUCCACAACACUAUCAUGCUUGACUUAAAUGUUUUCCUUUUGAUUAGAAUGUCACAGUGGAUUGACCAAAAUUCCCCUGCUUUUAUAAUCAUAUGCCUUCAUACUGUGGUGUAGAAACCACAGGAGCAAUCCCUGUGCCUUCCCUCAGAGGUUUAACCCUGGCAGCUCCUGGUGCAUUCAUUAGGUGUCACUGACUACCCCAUAGCUGGACUAGGAUGUUUUGUAUGGUAGGUCAUCCAAAUUUAUAAAAAAAUUUAUCAGUUUCAGAGCUUUAUAUUAUGAGGUAAGAAAUACUUGAGAGCUGUAGAGGUAGACGUGUCACUCAAGAACCCUGUAACUGUUUCAAGCUUGCAUUUAUUUUCCUUCAGGUGAAAGAAUUAUACUUUUUACAGAGGAGGUAUUCUAGGUUCCUCACCAUGGAGACUGACUAUGCUACACCCAACUCCUUUGCCAGCAUUAAUAGUCAAGAUCUUCCUAGCUCUUUUUGCUCUGAGGGAGCUGGAGUUUUCACACUUUUCAUCCAGAGCUGCAGGGAAAAAGGGUUAACAUUUUUGCCAGAAGGGCCACUGCAGUGGAUGGUGAGUGCAGCACAGCAGCUGUGAGAUGUGACUCAUUUUCUGGUAGAUGCACAGUAAGCUCGUUUAAGAGGAAGGAGAUUUCCUAGUUGCUUGGGUACAUUGCACGUCAUGUAUCAAGUUGUGUAGGAGAGUCCCGUUGUGCGCCUGUGCGUGUUCAGACUCUUUUCCUAUUGGCAGGGCCAAGGAUCUUGGCAUGUGGAUCAUAUCUCUGUCUGAUUGAGAUGAAGUGUAUCCACCAGAAAAUUUUCCUGGUGUUUAAUCUGGGAGGUGUCUUCAGAGCGCAUCUAAUGCAUGGGUCAUACCCGAAAUGCUUCUCACUCAUACUGCACCAGCUAGGUACAACAGAAAGUUGGAAAGUUGUCUUGACAAUUGCAUUAUGUGUGUGCUUUGGAAAUCAGAAACACAAAGUCUUCCGCAGUGAUCUAUUGUCUAACUCUACUUAUACUGCAUGACCCAACACCAAUCGGUGCUGGCAACAGUUUAGCUGUUACCAUAGCUGGAACAGAGUCCUUUCUUGUGAGCCUUGGUCUCAACCUUAUACUCACAAUUUCACCUGUAAUCCCACCCAAACUAACAAUGAAUCUCCAGUUUCCCCAGUAAUCCAUGUGCUUGGAUUAAGGCCCAUGUGCACUCAUUCAAAUCAGCUGGCACUGCAGGCACCAGCGCAGCAUCUCUCAGAUCUCACUUCAGUGGUGAGAGGAUCUGGGGAAUGUUGUAUGAGUUUUUUGACUAGUUUCUGUUUUGUUGUGAAAGUAGCUGAAGAAGCCAAAGAGAGGAAGUAACUGUCACGGUGUCUGGGAAGAAGAGAGGCAUGGACAGUGUGGUGCAGCUCUGCUGGUGGGAGAAGCGAAGUGGAAGGCUGCCAGUGUUUGUGAGCUACUCCUGGUGCAGCUGCUCUUACUCUGAACUCUCUAGGGCUUCCUCCCUGCACCUUUCAGAGCGACAACCAGCCGCUGGUGCCAGGUAGAUGCUCAGGAAAUGGAGGAUUCUGUUAAAAGUACAGACUGCAUAGAAAAACUGGCACAUAAAUACAUGCAAAAGUGCAUAGUGGAGUCAAGUACGGAGUCUGAAUCUGAGUCCAACACUGAGGUCUUGCCUAGCCCAGUUGCUGGAGGACUCAAGAAAGCAAGGAAUGCAAAGGGACAGCAAUUUUUAGAUCCUUAUGAUGGUGAUUCAGAAGAUGCAUCCAUUCACUCUGACUGCAGCUUGAAUUCUUCAAAUAGUGUAGUCACACCACAGGUGAACAGUACUCCAAAAGCCGUGGCUUUGGAGGAUGCCGGUCCUUCAGAAGAUGGAGCACUUUUCUCUAAACCUUCAAACUGGUGCUGCCCAGAAAUGAAGAUCAGUGAAAUUCAUGCCCAGAGAGUAAAUGACUGCAAAGCACCCCUGGAAUUUCCUAGCCAAGAGAAUGAUUUCCCAAGAAACUUGUUGCAACCAUCUGAACUGACUAGAGGCACAGAAGCACUUACCUCCAUGUGGCUGACACCAGACCCUUCCUUACUGAUGAGCAUUAAUCCUUCAGCCUGUGCAGAUUUGCUUGCAAGUCCUGACACCAGUGCUCCACAGCCCAUGCUAGCAGAUGACUGUGACACCACGAUGUGCAAAGAGCCACUAAUUAAAAGAAAACAAGGGCUUCCUGUUUCAGAGGGUGCUGGUGAGAAACAAAGAAAGAAAUUGCGUGCAACCUAAUCUGAGGUACGAAUAAACUAGAACAGGCAAUACCAUUCUAAAGAGUGAACUGGUUAUAGCUCUUCUUUUGCAGACAAUACCUGAGCUAGUUUACUUAAAGCUUAUUCAUGUCUGAUACAAAUGCAGCUGUGCUGCUUACUGCAGGCUUUGAGGUCCAUCUGAAGAGACGGACUCAACUACAAACAAGCUUUGAGUGGUGAUUUUAAGUGGAAAACCAGCUAAGGUGUGUCCUCAGAGCCAUAGCUAAGCUUUGUGCCUGAGCGCUACUUUGAUGCCUAUGCUUUAUGAAGCACCAGAUUCCUGUACGUAGUGCCUGGUGACACCUGUUUUAUUUUGGUAUAAUUUCAACAGGUAUUACUCAGAAGGGUGUGCUGGGAAGAAUGAUUGAAUGGCUGCAAUUAACUUUCCAUAGUUAGAGAUUUCUUUUUUACUGUGUAUUUUCUGAAGCUUACCACUCACCUGCUUCAGUCCAGUGAUUUGUUCUUCAUUUAUCUGACAGGCACAAAGUAGCUGUAUGAUGAAUGACCCUAAAGAUCUGACUACUGACAAUUGAACUGCAUUGUUGGAACUAGGGUAAUCUAGCUUUCUUCCCCUGCCCUUAAACACUUGUGCUAUUAACAAAUCUGUUCUUGCAAAGUAUAUAUUCUCAGUAUUAUCUACCCAUUUGGGAUUUAUAUUGUAAUAUCUAAUGCAUUAGCUCAAGGCGUUCACUUUCCUUAACGAACAACUGCUUAAGAGCUGUGGAAGUGAGGCACACUGAUGGAAGACCAGUUAGUCAACAAAAAUAGUGUCUCUGAUCCUCCUCCUCCUCUAUUGUAAGAGAUCAUUAAGUUCACCAUACAGCUGAGGUAGUCUCCUACAUGUGAAAGGGGAACUACUAUUUACAAAAGUAAAAUGAUUGUCUGGAAUGGAUUUGUUUAGCCAUGGGCUCUGUAUGACUUGUAGAGAUAUGUAAUUUUCUUUUUUAUACUAAUAAAGGUGGCAGUACUAUUUAACUCCUAGCUUAUACUAACAA